AUUCCCUGUUUUCUUUAAAAAGUAGACCAGACUUUGUCAUUCUCCGACAAAAAAGGACAAAUACACGAGCUCCAAGAGCAGCCUAGUAAAGUCAGUCGAGUAAAGACUAAUUUAUAUUUGAUGGUUAUAUUUUACAGAUUGUAGUGACAUUUUUUACCUGUAUUUGUGGUCCCUGGAUGAUGAUUUUAGUUGUGAUAUUUUCAUCUACGCCACAAGGUUUUCAGUCUAUCCAUCAUUAUGUGUGUGCACAGCUACAGAGAAAAUCAUGUAGAGUUUCAUUUAUGCCUCAAACUGCUCAGAUUUUUUUUAAGUAUUUCUGAAGACUUUACCACAACAGAUGGAUCCACAUGUUUGAUUUGGCACAGAUUUAUUGUUAUAUAUUUUAGAUGUUGGAUGCCAUUCUGAUGCAGCAUUUUCAUUUAUCUGAAUUUGGGACCUGCAAUAGAAGAUGACUGGCUUGUGAGGCUGGGUUUGUGUCUCCUUCUGGUCUGAAACUGGUAAUCUUUUGUGUGUAAGGCAUAUAUAUUAGGCCCCAAUCACAGGAGUCUAGAGACCAGCCAGUGACGCCUUGACAAUCACCAGUCAUUAGGAAUAAAUAUGUAUUCCCCAACUGGAUUUUGGCGCUGGACUUUCCUAUCAGUCACUAAGUGAAAUUGGUUGCAAAAAGGUUUGUAGUACAGCAAUGAAAAGCUCUUUGCAGUUGUUUUGGCCACUAGCAGAUUGACCUGUUUGCCCACAGUUUGAAACACAAAAACACGACACAUCAAGCAGUAGUGAAACUGUGAAAGGUGUGAUGUACCUUUUGAAUUGUGUUGAUUGUAGCAGAAAGCCACACCUUUCUCUGGAGCUCGGAGAGUAAAUGGCGAGCGUUUGGAGACAGGUCAUCGUAUGGAUCAAUGUGGAUUAUGGAUCGAUUUUACCUGGCCAGCAACCUCCUGUACCCACUCCCUGGUUACCGAAUUUCACAGUUUUCCCCAAUAAUCUUUGGUGGCCUGAAGCCUUAACUACUGCAACACGGAGCCACAAGUCAAAAAACACUGAUAGACAUUUAAUUGUAAACUGAAAGUUUUUGAAGUACUAACUCUGUUUGUUGGUAGCAUAUAAUAGCUAUUAGCAUACACCAACCUGGUCAGGACCCAGCUAGUUUCUAACAGUAUUAGGGAAAGGAGGGCAUGGCUGUCUAAUGACCAGUCCAGAUGGGGCUGGUUGGGAAAUGUGUCAUAUUUUUAUGCUCGCAUCUCAGGGAAAAAACAAAUCAAGAGGAUUCCCUCUGACACAUUUGGCAUGGCUCUGAGUGGUGCAUUUUGUUAGCAUAUACUGUCCUGCUGUUAGCCAAUAGUACUGAUGCAUAAUAAAUUACAGAUGAAAUUAAAUUUUCAUGCUGACAUUAACUGCAUCAGGGAGCCGUCUGUGUUCUCAAACUGUGCCGCUCUUUGAAGUACUGACGCAUACUCUAAAUUAGAGAUGGUCGCUGUGUUGUUUCACUUUAUUCUGUUUAGGAAAAACAUGUUAGCAUAUAGUUUCUCAUCUGACUGACACAGUGCUAGUUGCUCAAUAAAUGAGUAGUUGUUACUACUUAAUGCUGGUGUCUUGCAGGCCUUUCCCUUUGCAGCACACCCUCUUACAAACCUCGCCCCUGACCUCAGAGUAACCACGAGGGCCGUCACACACUUUGAGUUAAGGCACAGAAUUCAGUUUGCUGAUCCUGCUCUGUGUAACUCAACCCCAUCCAGCUGCAUGUGGGAGCGCUGCUGUGGGAUAUAUUAAGCAGUCAGGUGUGUCUGAGCGCUCUUGACCAAACACACAUCAGGGGAUGUGUUGAUUUAAAUUAAUAUGAAGCCUUUCAAAGUCCAGGGUCAGGGGCGUCUGCGGACUUGAAUUGCCUCCUGUGAUGCAAGUCCAGGUGCUGCUGUGCCGAAGCUUCCUAUACUCUUAAAUUAAAUGCUGUUAACUGCUUUGCCCAAGGACACAGUCGGGUCACAUGAUGGACAAGUUCAAAGAUGAGCUCUUUCAGUUAUAGGAUGUUUGCAGCCACCAGGCCACCCUGCUGUGUGGAUGUUGGUUACUGAAGCUCUUCUGAUAACAGAGCUUUCCCCUUUGGUCCGACCUGGGGCUUCAGGAAUGUCUGAAGGCUGUUAUUGUAAAUUUAGAAAAAUAUUUUUACUGGAGGUGCACAGCAGAUGGGCAGGGGAUGGGUUUUAUUACUGGAGGGACCUAUGAUCAGAACAAUGUGUGUGUUUGUAUGCAUAACUUUGAGCACUGUUGAGAAAGGCAGUGUGCACACACUAAGAAGGUCAAAUAUCUCCAUGUGCUUCAGAUUAUAGGCACAAUUGCACCAUGAGAAAGUAGUUUACAGCUGAAAAACACACACUGCUCAGGUUGCCAGGGUUGUCUGACACCAAAUAUUACUAUCCAAGCCUCAAAGCCACCCCCUGCUGUCAUCAAAGUAGCCCAAUUUUGUUUGCCCUAAACUAGGACUUCUCCACCAGUUAGAGCCAACAAAACUGACAACUGAGCAAAGCAGGUGAGCACCCACAUGGUUGAGAUCAAAACCCAGAUCACACACUCUACUGCCAUCCAGGCAUGUAGAUGUUUAAUCAUUUUUUCAAGAAGGAAACGUGGCACAGCAUAAAAAGCACGUCAGAAACUUCAGUCACCUUCAGAUCACUGUUUUCCACCUGGACCAUGAGUGAGAAAGCAGCUCCUCUGUCUAUCAGGAGUCCACGGCACAAAUUGCUCUUUUCCAGUCUAGAACCGGUUCCACAUGUUCUCACCAAAAAUAAAAAGUUGGGUAACUUCAAUGAAAUGAAAAUCAGGACAGAUAAGUGGAUCCAAACUUCUAUUAGUAAAUAUUUUGUUCUCGUUAUUCUGUAAAUGUGGGCUGUUUCUGAAAAGACACCAAGACAGAACUGGCUCUGCACUGGCACAGCAAAGUGUUGGUGGAAAAGGGUUUUGACAGCCAAAAUGUGGAUCCUGGAGCCAAACAAAGCACCAGAACACCUCCAUCCAAAUAUGGAUCUUUGAACAUCCUAAUGUUGCAUCUAUAACACUGUAUCCACAAAAAUAUUGAAGCUCUUUAUUGAAAUCUUUGUGUUAUGCAUUAUUAAAUGAGUGAUGCAAACCUGAAAAGGACUAUUCACCUGCUAUAAAACAUUUAGAACAACAAUACAACAAUGCAGGCCGCAACAAGAAAACACUUUAAAUGUAAUUGAUGUUUAGUUACAGAAGUAACUAAGUUAAAAGCUCUGGUAUCUCCCUUAAACUUACCCAACUUAGAAGAAUGCCCUGUGAUCCUCUUUCCUCUUAAAGUGGCUGCAGACUGAACUCAUUGAUGGCACCGGUGCAAUAGUUAAUGUUCUUGGUGUUUCCAUUGCAGUCUGCAGAUACUAGCGUCAAGAUUUCCAUUUCCUUAAAAACCCAAGUAAUUUUGCCAACCUUCCCGGAGUCACUCAUGGAAAAGAGGUCACGUUUUAGUCAAGUUUGGAAAAACAUUGUAAGAAUUAAAUUAUUGGGAGAUCUGAGCUUCAGCUAUUAAACUGUUAAAAGUAACAUUUUUGCUAUUUCUUCUUGGAUAUGUGCAAAAUUGUCAUAUCUAAAAUGAUUUUAGUGUUGCUCUGGCAACAUAUCUGUUGGCUGUGAUUUCCAUUAAAAGCCGGAGGUUGUGAGUGUUUUGAUGUCUUUGAGGAAUAACUAAUGUGUGUUUGUCUGUGUGAAAGAUGAAAAUGUGUGAUGCAGCAUCUGAGUCACAUGUCACUCUGUGUGUGUGUGUGUGUGUGUGUGUGUGUGUGAAUGAAAAUAUGACGCAGCAGCAGUCAGCUGUUAACUGUAUAGUGUGUGCACCAUGCAUACUACCACAGCCAUUGAUCAUCUUCACCUUUUUUUACACCACACAUCUGGAGCAGGAGGCAGAGGUUGAUGAGAGCAGCUAGUGCCCCAUCAGGCUGUGGUGCAGUGAUUUUCCUUCUGAGAGAAAGUAGGAGAAAGAAAAAGGGAGGUGUGAGAGGAGAGAGAGGGAAAGAGAGUGAGAGAGGAUGUCGCUGCAGCAAAAAGCCAGCUGCAGAGAAAUGACAAGGACUGAGAGAAAGAGAGAUGAAAGAAUACAGAUAUGGAGAAAGAUUGGGCUUAAUAAGCAGAGAGAAAAGUGAAGGAGGAGUGGAGACGAAUAGAUGAAGAAAAGGUUGAGGUCGAAGAGACUGGAAACUGAGAGCAAUAACAGAAAAAAAGGGUGAUACUGAAAGAAAACAGAAAACGAGGGCGGCGAGGAGUUCCUUCUCUCGUUUUGCACCUAUUUGUGUUUUUUCAUGUUUACUGUGGCAGUUGAAAGCGGUGUCACAUCGGUGGGAUUUGCUCUCUGUAAAAACGUCACAUGAGAACGCACUAAUAAUCGAGAGUUUUUAUGAGAGAGAGAGAAAGGAGGAGAAGGGAGGGUGUGUGGGCCGAGCGAGUGAGGGAGAGGAAGAGCGAGUGUCGUAAAUCUCAGCACAUCACCAGGCGGACGAGAGGGAAAGUUGUGAUAAGGAUCGCUCUCAUUUCCUCCUCUUUAAGCGGUUCUCGUGCGAGCCUCUGGCAACGCUUUUCCAUCAGAAAGCAUUAAGGUCCGGCGUGUCUCUGAGACGCUUGUGAGGAUGGAGUGGAAUGAGGUAGAUUUGGUGCAGGAAUUUACUGUUGAAGGACAAUGCAGCAAAAUUAAAGUCCGCUCCUGCAGGAUCACAUGGGACAGCCUGCAGGUUCCCCGUGUGGAGCUGACCCUCUCUGAGCUCCAAGAAAUGGCCACAAGACAACAACAACAAAUAGAGGCUCAGCAACAGAUGUUGCUCGCCAAGGAACAGAGACUGAGGUAUCUUCAGCAAGGAGGCAGAUCCAACCAGGGACAGUCACAGUCUGAAGCUGAGAAGCUGCAGCGGCUCAAAGAGCGAGUGGAGACGCAGGAAGCGAAGCUGAAGAAGAUCCGAGCCAUGAGAGGCCAAGUCGACUACAGCAAACUGAUCAACGGAAACCUCUCUGCAGAGAUUGACCAUGUGAGCAGCCUGUUUCAGGAGAAGCAGGCGGAGCUGCAGACUGCGGUGAUCAGAGUCGACCAGUUGACUCAGCAGCUGGAGGAUUUGAGGAGAGGACGCCUGCAGCUACACUCUGGUGCACCAGGUCAGGGGGCACCCACGGGACCUCAGGGUGCAGGCACUGGUCAUAAGGGAUCGCCUCUUUCAGGCCCUGCAGCUCUGGAGCUGAGGAAACUUUACCAGGAGCUGCAGGCUCGUAACCGGCACAAUCUGGAGCAGAGCAGCAAGUUGGCCCAGAAUAAGGAGCUGCUGAACAAGAGGAACGCCCAGGUGACCGUGAUGGAUCAACGCAUCGGUGACCUGAGAGAACGCCUGCAUAAGAAGAGAGCAGAGUUAAGUCGUAUGAAUGGAGGCACUCUGUCCUCCCCUCAAAGCUCUUCCCACCCCGGUGCUGGAGUUUCGGGUCGAGUGGCAGCUGUCUGCCCCUACAUCCAGGUUCCAUCCGAGGGGAGACAAGAGCCAGGGUACCCGCUCCCAGCUGACCCACCGCCCAAACCCACCCCUCUCAGCCACAUUCGCUCCCUCUCAGAGGAAGAGAGGAGUGCCAUCAGGAAGCCUCCCAGCCAAUGGAAAGAGUCAGAUUUAGACAUCGUCCUGUCAGAGCCCACUGAGCGGUGGGAGGGGCCUCUGUCCCCUCAGGGGGGCGACAGUAACACCAAUGAAGCACCGUGGCCCACCAUCACUAAGAGCGUAACAGACUGGAGGACCAACAGUCCAGAACAGCUUCCCUCUGGUUAUGGUACGUACCCUAGUGCCACCCACCAGGCAGCUGCACAUCACUGCGCCACGAGCUCCCUGCCUCGUUCUGCCCCUGGUACACUGGGUUGGCCUCGAUCCGGUGCCGCCUCAUCCCCCCAUUCAUCAUCCCCCUCUUCACAGCAAAUACAGCACCGUAUUUCUGUCCCUCCUAACUCAAGCCAAGGUUCUGCAACCACCUCCCAGCCCUCCCCGCUGUCCCCACAAACAGAGCGGACAGAUCCCCCUCCGGCGGUGGCCGUACGUCCCUACGUCCCGGACCAUCCCUCCAGGCCACAGUCCCCCAGGAAGGGCCCUGCUACUAUGAACAGCAGCUCCAUCUACAGCAUGUACCUACAGCAGCCUCAGGCCAAAAACUACGGAUCUCUGAGCAACAGGGCUACUGUCAAAGCAGUCUACGGUAAACCCAUCCUCCCCUCCUCCUCCACUUCUCCAUCCCCUGUCUUUUUCCUCCAGGGGGGAGGAGGAGGAGUAAAAAUAUCAGGGGAGGAAGCUACAGAUAAAGAUGGAGGAAAAGGAGAAGGAGGAGAGAGCGGCGAGGGCCAAAUUCAACCUCCACCCAGUGUGGACAACAUCCCUCGUCCCCUCAGUCCCACUAAGCUCACCCCAGUUGCCCACUCUCAGCUCCGAUACCAGAGCGAUGCAGACCUGGAGGUUCUCCGCCGCCGCUUCAGCAACGCGCCGCGGCCCCUCAAGAAACGGAGCUCGAUCACUGAACCUGAAGGCCCUCAGGGGCCAAACAUCCAAAAACUGCUCUACCAGAGGUUCAACACAUUAGCAGGAGGCAUGGAGGGAAGCUCAGGCAACACUUUCUACCAACCGGACUGCCUUUUGGGAGACAUGGACAACAUUCAUUCAGCUAAUGGAAACGUAGAACGUGGAGAUAAACAGGUCGCUGCAGCAGCCGCAGAGAGUGAAGCCCAAAACCUGAAUUCGGAUUCCCGCCGUUCGUCUCCUCCUGCAGUUACGACAGAAUUAUCCAAAGAGACAACAGCAGCGGCAGAGACUGGCAACGGCGUCUCACCAUCGACCCAAUCAAGCCCGAUUCCUGUACCUGAGAGACCAGAGGACCAAAAUAAUAACAACCAGAGAGGCUCUAGUCCUGCUCAAAACUCAGUUGGCCACAUCUCUCCUUCACCAUCUCCUCCUGCCCCGCCCACUCUGCCUAAGGUAAAGCGAACCAACCUGAAGAAGCCGUCAUCAGAGCGAACCGGUCACGGCCUGAGAGUCAAGUUUAACCCUCUGGCUCUUCUCCUGGAUGCGUCAUUGGAGGGAGAGUUUGACCUGGUGCAGAGAAUCAUAUAUGAGGUGGAAAACCCCAGCAUGCCCAAUGACGAAGGCAUAACACCUCUUCAUAACGCCGUCUGUGCUGGUCAUCACCAUAUUGUGAAGUUCCUGCUGGACUUUGGAGUUAACGUGAACGCAGCCGACAGUGACGGAUGGACCCCGCUGCACUGUGCAGCUUCAUGUAACAGCGUCCACCUCUGCAAGAUGUUGGUGGAGUCAGGGGCGGCCAUUUUUGCCACAACGAUCAGCGACGUGGAAACAGCCGCGGACAAAUGUGAAGAAAUGGAAGAGGGCUACACCCAGUGUUCCCAGUUCCUUUACGGUGUGCAGGAAAAGUUGGGUGUGAUGAACAAAGGUUUAGUCUAUGCCCUGUGGGACUACACAGCCCAGCAGUCUGAUGAGCUCUCCUUCAGCGAAGGUGAUGCUAUCACCGUGGUGCGUCGCCACGACGACACUGAGACAGAGUGGUGGUGGGCGCGCCUGAAUGACCGUGAGGGAUACGUGCCCAGAAAUCUGCUGGGGCUGUAUCCAAGGAUCAAACCCAGACAACGUUCACUGGCAUAAAGCCCAGAUCAGGAGCCUCAUGCUCGCAGAGGGGGCAUGCAUGCAGGAAAGAAGAAGAAGAAGGAGUAGAAGGAGCAGAAUGAGGGGAGGACAAAGAUGGAGCCACUUUCUUCUAUUUGUGUGGAUGCAACAGAGCCAAAUCGUGAUAGAUGCAGUGUGCAUUUUCACCGAGAUGUUGCAGAGCUGACGUAAAUUCAUAACUCAAAGUGUUCAGCUGCAUGAGAAAUGCUGAAUGAAAAAAAAAAGAGUAUUAAAAAAGCAAUUUAAGCUUUUUUAAAGCUCCACACAGCUUAAAAUAUGAAACAAUGAGCUUGGAGUCAUAAAGCUCUGUCUGAUAUUCUCCAAAUAUUCUUUAAAUGUCGCUUUAUUUUUGUACUGUGUUAAUUUAAAAUAAUGCCAGCCUCAUCAGCGACAUAGCAAAGGAAUGCGCUCUUUCUCAGCUACAGUGGAAACACCUUCACGCUGCACGGCGUGAAGAUUUGUAAAUGCAGUAAAUUUACAGGCUGAAAGUACGUGUGAGAUGUGAAAUGUGAAAGUGGAGCUGGAAAGAGGAAAGUGAGGGGAGGGUAAACAACGUUAACAGGAGUCAGGUUUCGGCAGAAAAUGAAUCGGAGGAAAAGAGUUGGAAGUGCAACCACAAGACUGUGACACGUGGAAGCUGGGAUCUGCAUCCACCCACGCACGGUUAAGCAAAAAGGUUUGAAGUCAAGUCAGAAUAAUGGGCUGUUUCUGAGUUCAUAAUCUGACAUUCAAGCAUUUGUCAACUAUUAUGGGAUGAAUGCACGCUCUCACAUGUACAUGUGUUCAACUGCCAAAAUGGUUGUUGAGGGUAAAGGAGGAGAAAGGGGGAAGAGAGGAAGGAAAACAAGAAUGAGGAGAAAAGGGUGUGAAAGUGAAGGAUGGGUGAUACUUUUAUUUAGAGGAGAUAAAAAAAAAUGCUGCUAGUUGUUGCAUAUUUUUCUUCAGACUGAAGAUACCGACCCUCAUGUGAAAACUGACGAUUAACCCAUUAAUUAAACGCUACUCUGUCAAUCUGCUGUUAAAUGUGUUAAAUUAAAGGUCCUGUGGCUGCUCAGAAAGGUGGCUUCAAGGAAAGCCCAGCCUAAUUCUGGCCUGGGAAAGAGAACCUGUGUCAGUGUUGAAAUGGGGCUAAAUUAGCCGUGAGUGGAGGAAGAACUGCUUCCACUGCUUCUGCUUCUGGCCCUGAUUUAUAUUGCUUUAUUUAAAACAAAACAUUGCUUUCUAUUAUUAUUUUUCUCAUUACUAGCACACACUGCUCCUGUUUCUUUUCAUGUGUCAGUGCUGGUGCUGCUCAUUGCUGCCACCUAGUGUACAGGAAAGGUUUGCCACAAAAUAAAGCGCCGUUUUCUUCAGCACGAGCUGUGUAAAAUAUGAAGCAAUAAGAUGAGUGAUGUUUGGUGUGAGAGUGAGAUAUUGUUCUGAGAAGUGCUUACCAUCACUUUGUGUAUAUGCAAACUGUAACUAUACAGCUACUGUACAAUAUUAAUAAAGAAAUUAUAAUCCCUACAGAGAAAAA